GACAGCAGCAGCAGCACACACGGUUUCGCCGCUGCGGAGAAGCCUCGCUGCUCUCGCUCGGAGCAGUCUGCGGCGAUCAUCGCUCCUCACGGUGUUCCGUAUGGCCAUGCGUCGUCCCGACAUUCUCGAUACCACGCUCAAAUUCAUCGUCGACCCUGCGCGACACUCUACCGUCGCCGUCGCUCCCGAAGAAGACACCCUGCGACACGAGAACGGUGCUGGAGAACGAAAUUCCGCUUGCGUUCGAAAAACCGAGGUACCACGCGCGUCUGACCGACGAACCGAUGCACGCUCGAGGAGUUCUCAAAGCUCCGAAGAGUUUCGCGAAUUAAGGCCGUCCGGAGAGUGCAAACGCGGUGGUGAAUCGACGCUCGGUAAACGGUUCGAGGACACCGAACGGACGGUAUUCGUUGACGUUUUCUUGAUCCACGUCGCACACGCACCCCGAAGUCGCCACGCGGGAGGACCAACUCGCACGCCGGGUCCACCUAUCGCUCGACGACUCGACGAUCGAGUCAGUGUUACUCUUGAUUUCCGCGCGAGCGCCGGUCUCGGCUUACCGGAGACGAUACCCACGCUCCGCUUCAUUCGUUUUCGACGAUCCUCGCCGUUUCGCUCGCCGUGCGAUCGUACCCGUCAAACGGAUCCUCGGGGAAAAUCGAGCCAAGUGCAGUUCCGCGGUUUCGAUCCCGUACGCGUCGUGUGAAGGGAAGAAAAUGUUCGGUGUUAUCGAUUUAUGGAGUUUCGUUUACACGAUAAUCUUAUGCCGGAGACUUGCCGGAAGACUCGAGGAACGAGCGUGUCCGUAUAGUCAAUUUAUAUGGUGAUUCUUCGUAAUAAUCCCCCUCGGAUCAUCGGAUUAUACGCGGAUGGACGAUCGAACGUUAGACGAAAUGUUCAGUUUCAAGGUGAACCAGUGAGAUUUCCGUGGCACAGUUAUAUCCGUAUUUUCCACCGAAAACCACGGAGACGUUUCCCGAACGAAAGAAACUCUGCUUACGAUGUUCGCUUUUGUGCUCCGACUACGAAUACGUCGACUAAUAUACACUGGGAGAUAAACCGUUAUCGAAGUAUGUGUACCGUGAUCUGUAUCGAUUCGAUAAACGUAAUUCUUCCGUUAUUUUCAUGCCUCGAGAGGAAUUCGAUCGCUCUUUUCCCGAUCGUGCUCGUUUUCGUUAUCGACGCACGCGGUCGCCGACAAUUCGGAUACGCGCGUUUUUACGAGAAGGAAUAUCGGUGAUUCAGUUUCGACAUCGAUGCACGCCGUCGUGAGAAAAUGGGAAAAUCGUUCGGAACGGUUACGUGCACCAGCAACGACGGUUACGACAAGAGGUGAUAGACGGAAGUGAAAAGAUCGCGAGUGGCGCCAGUUUAAUUUCUAUCCUCCGAUAUAAUUAUUCGGACCAACCUGAACGAGUAUUACGUAACGUCAAGAAGAAAUUGUACCAUCGCGUAUGCGUGUGUCCACGCGUGAAGAGUCUUGAAUUUCGUGCAAACGCGAUAAUGGCGGAGCGGAGGAGAGCAGAAUGCAAGAACGGGAAAUUCCGACUGGUGAAUUCUGCGAUUUAUGAAAAAGGCGCGACGCAACGGUCGCGUUAGAACGAUCAACAAGAAGGUAACAGGUUUUGCAAGAGGAUUCAGAGCGCUCGAAACGAAGCCGAACACGAACCGAAGAAUCCAUCCGAUGACAACGGAUCGAUGAUAAACAUUCCGCGUAAUCUUGUCGCUCGAUCAUCCCCUCGAAUGACACGGAGUAUAAAAUAAUCGGUUAUCAGCGACUAGAUAACGAAGCCGAGCGAUCGGAUCGCGAUCGAUCCCGAGAAACGAAAAUUACAGGAGAUCCGAAGGAAACUCCGUUUUGCCGCUGGGGGGCAGGUUUCGUGGCCGCGCAGGAUCGGAAGGAAGUAACGUAUAGUUCUCGUCGUUAGCAUCUCGGAACGUCAUAUAUCUUGGCAGUAAUGCGCACAAAUUAUGCGUCUCGCGCCUCCACGGAGCAACGGCCACUGAGAAGCGAACAGCGGUUGCGCGUUUACACUUACGGAUAAUCCUGUAUCCGCCGAUUCGCCUUUACCUUUCUACUCGACGGUUCCCACUGCCUUUUCUUUCCGUUUUGUUUCGUCGUCGAACAAACGAUCCGUCCGAACGACGCUUCGGGCGUCGUUCAUGUUCGUGAAAUUCGGUCUGCUUCGACACUGACGCCUCCGAGGGCCACAUCAUGCAUUCCUCGUCUACGUGACGUGUUGCACCUUCCCCAGGAUGAGCACAGUGCACGCCAUGUGACCCUUGCAGAACUCUUUCGUGAUCGAUUAUGCAGCGAAUUUUUAUUAAACUUACCGAUCCUUUUAAAACUGUUUAGGCGUGUAAAGUGUGCACCGGAUGAUAGAAUUCCCGGAGAAAGUGCGAAAGUGAUUUUUUGGAUGCGAGACUUUGAUGGUUUCGUGGACUCGUGCUUCGUAUUGCAUCGGAAAGGAAUUUUCGGAUCGAAGAAAUUGAGAAGUUAUAGAAGGAUACCGUUCAAAUAUUGUGGGAUUAUCUUUCUGGAAUUCUCGUGACACUGUCGCACAGCUGUCAGUGAAAAUAGGAAACAUCGAAUACCGUUACUCGGUAUCCUACCGAGGGGUCCGUUUACCUAGAUCCCGAAUGUGGCAGGCACGUGUCGGCAGUGCAAUUACUUGACGACGAUUGUCAACUGACUGGAAAAUUUCUGAAAUACCGCGAGUCAUAUUUCUGCAUUUACCGUUUUCAACGAAUCCCCUGUGAGUUUAAGUACUUACAAAAUAACGAUUAAAGAACUCGAUGGUUCCGCAUUUAAAGUUUGUAACAAAUGUUUCAUUAAAUUAGUGGAUUAAAAUUUUGAAUGGGUUAAGAAUAUUUUUCCACGAAAAGGUGUCGAUGGUGAAAUUGUUCAGUGAAGAAAAACGACAAGUUUUCGCCAGAGAUUCUCGAAAGGAAACAUCGUGCUUGUGUUGAGAAUAACGUCUGUGGAUUUUCGCGGCGAAUUUUCUACGAAUGGUACCUGUAGGAAUUCGCGCGACGCUGCUUUUGAUCGAUGUGGAAGCCAUGUUACCGGAUCGGCAAAACGGAUCGCGAGAAAUCGAUGUAGAACCGGGAGAAUCAGAUCAGCUGGACACAAUUCGGAGCUAGUGAAAUCGAACGGGAAAUCGUUGGCCAACAAUCGAGGAUCGACACACGUGGUCGGUCCUGUCGCUUCCACCCUACGGCCUUCCCGCUGGCGUGGCCAGCUACUAUGCGAAUUGAAGUUCUCAGUACCCUCGUCGCGGUGGUUUUGCUGACCGCAGUCCUGUGCCCGCGGCUUGCUGCCGCCAACAACCAUACUUUAUCCCUCUCCUCUCGUAAGAGCAGGGAAAAUCCUUUCAGAGGACAUAUCUCUCGCUGGACGCAGACCUUGGACGACACGACCAAGCGGAUGACUUAUCGAGAGAUGAACAUGAUUCUGCGACAGGAAGGAGGCGAGGACGGCCUUCCAGUCGAUUGCUGCCCUACGGUGGAGGAAAUGGUGGAACCGGUCGGCGGUCGAAAUCGGGAAAACAUGUACGUCCAGCUGUAUCGGGAUGGCCAGCACACCCAGAGGUUCUUCGAGUACUCCUGCAGGCCAGACGUCCUCGACAAGCCGUGCAGGUUCAUCGACCGGAAGUUCAGUAACCAGUCCAGAUGUGUGCAGAAGUUCUCGUACACUUACGCUAUCAUUGAAAAUUCUGGAUCGAAAGGUGGAAAGGAGGAGCACGGUAGGCAUAGGCACAGAGAACGUCUGAUCCCGACAUUUGCUGGUAACACGGUGGAUGGAUCGAUGUGGACGUUGGAUUACAUCGUGGUGCGAAGCGGUUGCAGCUGCGAAGUGAUGCCGAAACCGAAGAAGAAGAAGAAGUUUAAAAAGAGCAAGCCAAGGGACCAAGACUUAGACCUGGAGACGUGAGAUCUUUUGUGUGGGAAUCAGAGCAGAUUCCACCUUCGAUCUCGUGACGUUGCAGCGAUCAUCGAUACAGAUUAUGGAACGAUGAAUUCGAUGGAAAUACGAAAACGUUACCAGUGAAUGAGUUCUCUUUCAACGAAGAAGUUCGAACAAUCUUUGAGUUAUUGAAAGUAUUCUUGAACGAAAGUGCCUUAUCGUGAAGUUGAUCGACGAUUAUUUUAAGAUUUUAUCGUUGUAUUUAUUAUUAUAUGUAUACAGUUUGAGUACGUUUAAGAGUUAGCGAUAGAAUGCAAAUUUUGCCGUAUUAUUCCGUUUAUUUUUGAUAAGAUUGUAACGUUUAUAGUUGGGAAGUAGUACAACGAAUCAAGUAGAAUCUCCUUCGAACGAGUAGGUGAACAGACUGAUAUUACGAUUCGAGGAGUCGAACGCGAGACGUGUUCUGAAUUACAAACUAAUAUCAGGGUAUAUAUACAAUGUAAAAACAAUGUAACGAUAAGUAAUGGUACUUUUAGUAAUAGCGUCUCGAGUUAUGUUCGGUACUUAGGUAACUACGUGCGUUUUCAUCCGCGGCCAGUUAUUAUUAUUAUACUCUUGUACUGUACGUUUUAGAGAUAAGACACAGUUAGAAUAUUUUUAGGAUAAUUUUUAUGUUACUAAUUUAAGCUGUCGUGUUUCAUAGAUCUGCGCGCGAUUACGUGUCGAGCCAAACGCUACUUAAAAUUUAUUUAACUAACGUUAUUAGAUUUAUUCCUUUCUUUAAGCACUGACUAGAAGAAUUAGCGAGUGCAACGACGUUGCAUUAGUUGGUAACCAUGACAAUUAUUAAUAAAUCUGAAUUUGUUGUAAUCUAAGAUAUCGAAGAUGUAGAGUUUAUUUUGUACCGUGAACAUGUAGGUAUUUUUGUACGAGGUAAAUAAUAUCUUCUUAACGUUACAUUAAUUUAACGCAAAGCUGCCAUUGUUCGAACGAACGUUUAUCAGUUUAUCUAUUCCUUUGUACAUAUACACAGAACAGUAAAGAAACAUCGAAAGCAAUACACUCUAAUGCGUUAGAUUAAUGUAACGUGUAAAUUAUAAGACAAAAACACCUUUCUGUUUAGAAUCAAUAAAAUAUUCGAUGAUACUGUACUUAAGUAACUUGUAUUAGUCAGAUGUACACACCGACCACGUACUAUGCAUAACGUAUUUAUAAAUGUAUUAUAGUAAAUUACACCGUACGUUUAAUUUACACAAACCUUUCCCAAGUAUACUUUUCUUUUCUAUUACAAUAGCUGUCGUAUUAGUAUUUUAACAAACGAUUUCAACUCGAUAACAUUCAUGUAUUAUAACUAUGCAUCGCAGAUUUAUUUUCUGUA